GAGCACCCCACAGCCCUCCAAGCAUGCAGCCAUGCUUGCCCCAGGGUGACCUUCCCACCUCGUGCUAGCAGGAGCCUUGGCACAGGGUCCCAGGGUCCGUCCCCAGGGCAGAGCUGCCUGUGUAGGGGUUUUGCAAAGCCCAGCAUCUCAGCACCCAAAAAGAGAUGUGCCUUUUUCUCCCUCCCUGCCAGCUCAGAGCCCAGAGCAGUUCCUCAUUCUGGGACCCUGGGCGCACAGGACGCAGCACGGCCGGCCUCACCCUGUCAUGGUCCCCGUCCUUGUCUUUGGCUGGUGGCUGGUGGUCCAGAGCAGAGUGCAAGCACAGCCAGGACUAUCCCUGUCGCUGAGCCCCAGCCACGAGGUGGCCCUGGGGGACAGAGUGACCCUGCAGUGCCACACACCCAGACGGGGUGGAAGGGCCACCCUGCACAAGGAGAGAGUCCCACAUCCCCUGUGGUAUCAAGAUGGGGUGUGGGGUGCGGUGGAGUUCCCCAUCCCAGCAGCCAGACGGAAAGACGCCGGGAGAUACUGGUGCCAAUAUGAGAUCGAGGGUGAACCGCCGGAGGAGAGUGAGCCUGUGGAGCUGGUGCUCAGAGAUCCCAAAUACCCCCGACCUCGCAUCUUCCUGAGCUCUGGAUCGCUUGUGGCACUGGGGACCCACGUCACCAUCCUGUGCCAGGGUGGGCAUGGAGCCACCUUCUUCCUGCACAGAGAGGGCAGCUCAGCACCCAUCCAGCGCCAGGCCCCUGGGGGGCACAUGGCCUUGUUCUCUAUCCCUGACAUGAGCUGGGCGGACAGUGGGGCCUACAGCUGCUCCUACCGUCCCCGGGGUGAGAUGUUUAUGUCAUCGUACCCCAGUACCUUCUUGGAGCUGGAGGUGGAAGAAAAGGAGGAGGAGUCCGGUUCAGCCUUCCUCCCAGCAUCCCCUGAUGCCAUGCCAGCAUGGUCAGCAUGGUCCGUGCCACCCCAGGGAUCACCAAGGCCAAACACCAUGGUCCCCCACCCAUCAGCCACAGGGUCCUCCUGCCCCAGCACCUCCAGGGAUGAAGAUCCGGAUUUCACCCUGGGCAACACCGUGCGCCUGGGAUUAGGCGCAGGGCUCCUGAUCCUGCUGACAUUCCUCGUGGCUGAGGCCCUGUGCAGCCGGAGGCGGAAAGGGCUCUAGCCUAGCACCCCCAUGGCUACCCCUUUCAGCCCCACAGGACUUGGGGGGGUCCCUGUCCCACUCCUCUCUACUUGGACCCAGCCUCAGUCCUCUUUGCA